UCAGCUAUCUCCCCCAGUCGAAGAAGUACAGGAGAAAGGACUCAGAGUCUCCUCCAGAACUUUCAGAGAAGGUCAAGGAGCAGCUGGCCGAGGCCGAACUCUGUAAGCUCAGGCAGCAGUUCCGGAAGAUGGUGGACAGCCGGAAGUCCUUCAACUUCCUCAGCCAGCGGAAGAUUGCCAGCCAAUGCAAGGAAAUCCAGACUCUGAAAGCAGAGCAAGAAGAGAUCACCCUGCUUCUGAAUCUCAUGAGGUCCCCCAAGAACCUGGAUCUGAAUCAGAAAAACUACCUGGAGCUGCGCUUCCUGUUGCAGGCCAAGGAGGACUACGAGGCGCUGAUCAAGUCCAUGCGGGCGCUGCUGGCCGAGAUGGAUGACAAGAUUAUUCAAAUGGAAAAAAAAGUAAAAACCCAAAAACAGACCUUCAUAAAAAUGCAAGAGGCCAGUAACCCCCGGAAACUGCAAAAACAGAUUCACAGUUUGGAAACCCGUUUGAACCUGGUCACUGUGCACUUUGACAAGAUGCUGAUGACCAACGCCAAGCUCCGGAAGGAGAUUGAGGACCUGCGGUUCGAGAAGGCUACUUAUGACAACGUGUACCAGCAGCUGCAGCGGCGCCUGCUCACGCAGAAGAAGACCAUGAAUGUGGCCAUUGAGCAGUCUGCCCAGGCCUACGAGCAAAGGCUGGAGGCCAUGGCGCGCAUGGCGGCCAUGAAGGACCUCCAGCAGAAGGACAUCUCCCAGUACAACCUAGAGAUCCGCGAGCUGGAGCGGCUGUAUGCUCAUGAGACCAAGCUCAAGUCCUUCCUGCUUGUCAAGCUCAAUGACCGCAGCGAAUUUGAGGAGCAGGCCAAAAGGGAGGAAGCUUCCAAGGCAAAGAAGCACGGGAAGAAGAGCAAGGGCACGAGCUUCGAGAGCUACGAGGUGGCCCACCUGCGACUGCUGAAGCUGGUGGCAAACGGGAACCUGAACCACCUCAUCGAGGACUUCCUGGCCAAGGAGGAGAAGAACUUUGCCCGCUUCACCUACGUCGCGGAGCUCAACGAUGACAUGGAGAUGAUGCAGAAGAAGGCGCAGAGGAUCCAGGACGAGAUCGCCCUCCUGCGGUCGCAGCAGAAAUCGUCCCGCGAGGACAGCCGCUCUGUGCUGAGGCAGCUGGAGGAGAAACUGAGGAAGAUCUCAGAGGAGGCCAGCGAGUAUGAGAACAGAUCCGGGGAGAUGGGCAAGACCCUGGAGCGCCUCAAGAACGCGGUUGGGAGCCUGUUUCAAAAGAUCAACUGCGAUGCCAGCAGAAUCCUGGUGCACCUGGGGGAGACAGGGAAGAUCACCGAUGCCAACCUGCCUCAGUACUUCGCCACCAUUGAGAAGCGGACCAACGACCUGCUGCUGCUGGAGGCACAGCGGCGUGUGCAGGAGGCUGAGGGCGCCGAGGCUGAGGCCCCACAGCCCUUCGUCAACCCCUUCUGGGGCGGCUCUGCACUCCUCAGGCCCCCUGAGUCCAUCAAGGUCGUGCCCCCCACCUUCGGGCCCGACCCCUUCAACAACAGGCUGGAGGAUGUCGAUCACCCCCUGGAGCACAGCGAUCUGCGGCAGCUGGUGCUGGAUGCCUACUUCGCCAGGGAGGCUCGGAGCAGGGACCUGCUUGCCGACGGCCUCUCCGAGAGGGGCGACGAGCUGAGGCCCAGGAAGAAGCUGACACUCUGAGUCCCACGGCCGCAUGUGUACCGGAACCCAAGAGAAUAGAUGUUUUGUACUGUAACCUCUGGGCCCUUGAGCGCCGACCUGGGCGCGGAGGCUGGGGUUGUGGCAGCCUCAGACUGGAGGCAUAGGUGGGUCAGCGCUGGGAGGGUGACUAGCCUGGGCCACCCUUGCUGAACCACAGGGAGGGGCAACGUGUGGAGAAAGUGUGGAGGCUGCACUGCACCCCAAGUAUCGUUUGUUUUGGGGAUGCUAGGGAUUGGACUCAUGGCUUUUGCACUGAGCUGCAACCCCAAGACCU